AUGGCUCUUGUGUUUUUGGGAGGUGACGGCAACAGAAGACGUCGCAAUAUUCCCCGGAUAUUUAGAGAUCGCAUGAAUCCCCUCGACGUGAUGACCGAUCAUGACCUUUUAAAGAAAUAUCGGUUGGACAGAAUUACCAUUCUUGAAAUAUGUGCACAAACCCAGCAACAACUUCUUAGACUAACAAGACGAAGUCAGUCUCUUCCGGUGUCGCUGCAGGUACUUGUCGCUCUGCGUUACUAUGCAACCGGUAGCUUUCAGUCAAUCCUCGCGGAUGGUCAUGGAGUGUCUAUUCACUCUGAUUCAAGAAGUAUUCACGCGGUUUCUGAAGCAAUUAUUAGACAAGUUCCCCAACAAAUUAAGUUUCCGACUUCACGUACUGAAAUAACAAAUACCAAGCAACGAUUCUAUGAAAUAGGCGGUUUUCCAAAUGUUAUUGGUGCCGUCGACGGUACGUACAUACCUAUAAAGACACCAACUGAUGAUGAGCAUUUGUAUGUGACAAGAAAGGGAUACCAUGCAAUAAAUGUCCAAGCUGUAUGUAAUGGCGACAAUUUAUUCACAAAUAUAGUUGUUCGUUGGCCAGGGUCGACUCACGAUGCAUUUAUAUGGAAUAACUGUGAAUGCGUCCGCAAGAUCGAAGAAAUGAAUUUACAAAAUACAUGGAUUUUGGGUGAUAGUGCGUAUCCGUUAAAACCAUACUUACUUACGCCAUUACCAACUGCAAAUACAGAGGCUGAAAGGAGAUUUAAUGUUGCUCACAAACGUACACGUUGUGUAAUCGAACGUACAUUUGGCAUUUGGAAAAUGAGGUUCAGGUGUCUCCACAAGUCAGGUGGAUACAUGACUUACACCCCGAUAAAAUGUGCUAAGAUUAUUACUGCAGUUGCAGUCCUUCACAACAUGUGUAUUUCGAGAAAUUUGCCUCUGAUUGAUGACAAUGUAAACCAUGAAGAUGACGACAAUGACAGUGACGUCAAUGGUGACGACAACAAUGAAAAAAAUAGAGAAAACAACAACAACGAUGAUGGUAGACAGGUUCGCGAUAACCUUAUUCGGGACAUGUUUUCACACGCUAGCUAA